UUGGAACGUAGAACGUGGGCCGGUUGAUGCUUGGAACGUGGGGCGGUUGGUGCUUGGAACGUAGAACGUGGGCCGGUUGAUGCUUGGAACGUGGGGCGGUUGGAGCUUGGAACGUCGAGCGUGGGAUUCAGAACGCUGCGACCGGCCGGGAUCAUGGCCGCGUCGGCGGCUGGGACGCAGCGGCAGCUGGACAAGUUGCACAGCCUGCUGUCCACUAAAGACAGCAGAAGCGCCUCCGUGGAUUCUGUCAGCGUUAUCACUAACCUCAGCCACGACUUUCUGGAUACCAGUAAUGAAAGCAGGCUGGCUCUGCACAGCUCAUUGAUAUUCUCCAAGGAUCACGGGUUACUGAUCUACCUUCACAAAUCACUUGGCAAUGAAGAUUUUCGAGACUGUAGAGAAGAUGUUUUGAAGUUAAUUACUGCAUUUGUUGAAAAGAUUAAAGAGGCUGCUGGACCUCAUGUCUCUGAAAUCAAGAACAUGUGCCUUUUGAUGUAUACCAAAGAAAGGGCUGCAAAAUGCAGGUCUGCUGCAUUAGACCUUCUUCUUGUGCUGCUGCGCAGUAAAAUCUCUCUUCAAGAAUUUAGAAUUGGGGAAAUAUUCAAUAAAUUCUACGGGGAAUUGGUGCAGAAGAACAAACUUCCAGAUACUGUAUUGGAGAAGGUAUAUGAGCUACUGGGGGUUCUAGCUGAAGUACAACCUGCUGAGAUGCUUGACAAUUCAGAAAAACUAUUUCGUGCCUACUUAAGCGAGUUAAAAACUCAGAUGACUUCUGCAACGAGAGAACCAAAAUUACUUGUGGUUUCUGGGUGCCUGAGAGGAUUAAUAGCACUUAUGGUUAACUUCACAAAGUCCAUUGAAGAAGAUCCAACGACAUCAAAGAAUAUUUUUGACUAUGCAGUGAAAGCCAUAAAUCGGCAGAUUGACAUGAAAAGAUAUGCUGUUCCUUCAGCUGGGUUGCGUCUUUUUGCUUUGCACUCUAGCCAAUUCAGCACCUACCUUCUGGACAACUACAAAAUUCUUUUUGAGGCAAUGUCUGUGUGGUGUGGCCACACUAAUGCUGAUAUGAAAAAAGCUGGCUUUGCUGCACUUGAAAGUUUCCUUAAAGAGAUUGCAUUACAAGUGGCAAAGAAUGCACAUGUGCAUGAAGAUAAGUUGAAUUACUUUAUGAAACAAUUUUAUAACAUAAUCCGGACAAUGGAAUCAAACAAUAAAGAGCUCUCCAUUGCCAUUCGAGGAUAUGGACUUUUUGCGGCUCCCUGUAAGGCUGUGAACUCACAAUAUGUUGACUUCAUGUACACGGAAUUGAUCCAGCGUUGUAAACUGAUGUAUCUUACAGAGGCAGACACUGAAGAUGACAAUUUUUACCAGCUUCCCAGUUUUUUAGAUUCCAUUGCAAGUGUCAUAUUUCACAUAGACAAAAUCCCUGGAGUUUAUACUUCGGUGUUAGAACGUCUAAUAGUGGUUCAGAUGGAUGGCUUCCCACAAUAUAGUGCAAAAAUGCAACCAGUUUGUUGUCAUUCCAUUGUUAAACUCUUCAUUGCUCUGGCUGGAAAAGGCCCUGUGCUGUGGAGUUUUAUCAGCACUGUAGUGCAUCAAGGUCUGAUCCGUGUCUGUUCAAAGCCAGUUCUACUUCCAGGGGAGGGAAUCCAGAAGCUUGGACCGGGGUCAAAUGCACAGCUGUCAGUUAGUAAUGGUGGCAAUGCGGCAACAGGAAAAUCGAGAGUUCCAUCUUACAAAGAUUAUUUGGAUUUAUUCAGAAUCCUGCUGGACUGUGAGAAAAUGAAGGUAUCCGGAUUGGUUGAGGAGACAUUACAGAUAAUUGAGUCGCCCCUGAAGUCAUUAAAUCGCCUGCUGUAUGACGAGUUCAUUAAAUCGGUGCUCAAAAUUAUUGACAAAUUGGAUCUGACUGUGGAUAAGCAAAACCCGAAUGAAGAAGUGGGGUCGGGUGACAUCAACAGUGGCAUUGUCAUUCCCACGUCUGACCCAGCAGCCAACAUGCAGCCAACUAAACCAAAGGAUUUUACUGCCUUCAUCAAUUUGGUUGAAUUCUGUGGGGAGUUGUUAUUGGACAAGCACACAGAGUACUUUGAACAUUGGUUGUACAGAUUUGGACACGAGCUCAUCCUGCGAUCAAUACAAUUUCCCCUCGUUAGUGGAUUCUACAAACUUCUGUCCGUCUCAAUGAAAAUCGCCCAAAAAAUCAAAUAUUUCCAGGGUAUGAGCAUGAAAUCUCGAACGCAGUGCCUCAAGAACACAGAAAGGUUCGCCUGCUUUGCUUUAUUUGGGAAGUUUGGAAAGGAGGUGGCAACACGAAUGAAACAGUACAAGGAUGAGUUACUGGCUUCCUGUCUGACUUUUGUGCUCUCUCUACCUCAUGAAAUAAUUGAACUUGAUGUCAAAACGUUUAUUCCUGCACUCCAGACUGCAUUUAAACUUGGCCUUAGCCACGUUCCUCUUGCUAAUGCUGGAUUGGAUGCUCUGGAAGACUGGUCAUAUCAUCUAUCGAAGAAAACCAUUCAGCCUUAUUACAAGGACAUCUUGCCACACUUGGAUGGUUACCUGAAAACUUCAGUUUCAAGUGAGUCCAAAAGCAACUGGGAAAUGAUGAGGAUUGAUACUACAAGUAAAGGAGGAAACAAGAUUCUUAUAAGUCGCCUGAAAAAAUCAACAAAUCUUUCCAUGAGUGAGGAAUCACCUGCUGCAAAAGUGAGGCGCAGAGUGGUGAAGUUACUCGGGGGUCUGGGGGGACGGGUCAACCGAAGUCUGGUGACAGCUGCCUCUUCUGAGGAGAUGAUGAAGAAAUGUGUUGCUUGGGUGUCAGAGAAGGCACUGAGUUUUGCAGUACCAUUUGCAGAUAUGAAACCUGUUAUUUAUCUGGAUUCAUUCCUACCACGUAUCUCUGAACUUGCGCUUUCUGCCAGUGACCGACAAACUAAGGUUGCAGCUUGUGAACUGUUGCAUAGUGUGGUUGCUUACAUGCUGGGGAAAGGAUCGCAGAUCUCUGAAGGUCAAGAAGAAACAAUGUACCAGCUGAACAAACAUAUGUAUCCAGUCUUACUCUGUCUAGGCUGUGAUGUGGACAAGGUGACCAGCCAAUUAUUUGAACCACUUGUCAUGCAGCUUAUUCAUUGGUUCACUAAUAACAGGAAAUUUGAAAGUCAGGAUACAAUGGCACUGCUGGAAGCUAUUCUGGAUGGCAUUGUGGAUCCAGUGGACAGUAAUCUGAGAGACUUCUGUGGGAAAUGCGUGCAAGAAUUCCUCAAGUGGUCCAUUAAACAGACAACCCCAGAUCAGCAGCAGAAGAGUCCUGUAAAUACAAAGUCACUCUUUAAGAGACUGUAUAGCCUUGCUCUUCAUCCCAACAGCUUCAAGCGAUUGGGAGCAGCCCUUUCAUUUAAUAGCUUAUACCGAGAAUUCAGGGAAGAAAGUGCCUUAGUCGACCAGUUUAUCUUUGAAGUAUUGGAUGUAUAUGUGGAAAGCCUUGCCCUCGCACAUGCAGAUGAUAAAUCAUUGGGUACAGUACAGCAGUGCUGUGAUGUUAUUGAUCACCUGAAACGGAUUAUGAAACAAAAGGCUUCCACUUUGAAUAGCCCCGCGAAGAGGCGUGUGCCCAGGGGAUUUUCCUCUGAUCUGACGGUGUGUUUAACAGAUAUUGUCCUAUGGCUGCUGGCUCAAUGUGGACGACCCCAAACAGAAUGUAGGCACAAAUGCAUGGAACUCUUUUACGAGCUUGUUCCCUGUUUGCCAGGAAACAAAUCGCCACCAUCUUGGCUGGAUGAAAUUCUGAAGAAGAAUGAUGUUUCAUUUCUUAUUAAUAAGUUUGAGGGUGCUGGCAAUGAGAAUGGUACCUCAGGAAUCAUAUAUCACCCCACGCUUAAUGAUCUACGAGAACCCUUCAGUAUAAGAACAACUGUGCAAUGGAUGGAUAUGUUGCUGGCAGCUCUAGACUGUUACAAUACAUUCAUUGGUCUCCAUAUGCUCAAACCCAAUGAACUACUCGGGACUUCCCAAAAAUCUGGUUUUCUGAAAGCAGUGGAUUUCUUCCUGAAAAACCUUGCGAUGAAUGACAUUACAGCGGCAGAAGAAAGCUUUGCUUAUGGGAUGAAGAGCACACUUUACAGUCUAAGAGAGAGAGAAGAAUAUAAUUAUAGUAAAUGCACGAUCAUUGUCCGGAUUAUGGAAUUUGUUAGCAUGGCACUGGAGAGUUGCCAGCAGGAUUUCUGGAAGGUGCUUGAGAAAGACUUACUGAAUUCCUGUCUGUGUGAACUAAUAGCAGCAGUAGUGACUGAUCCACCCAGUAUUGGGUUUAAUAUGGCAGAUGUACAAGUGAUGAAAGGUCUGCCUGAUGCCUGUGUUAGGCUUUUGAAAGCUGUGGUAAGAUCGCCUUUUUGCAAAAUGUUAGAAGACAGCAUGAGAAAAAGAAUCACAUUGCAAAGCUUAGAAGAUCUGUGCAGUGUGAAUCUAUACAGUCAGACUGAUCAUGACAAAUUAAGUUCCAUCCUCUCAGCAUGCAAACAGCUUUACAAGGCUGAUCUUCUCAACACUGUGUUGAAGUGCCAGACAGGGACUCAUGGCGUGCCACUGAAUUCAAAGCUCUUAUUAGCUAUCUACAAAGGAAUGGCACCUGGAGAUGAGAGGAAAUCCCUGCCUUCAAUAGACGUUAGCAGUAAGGUGUUAGCGGAUGGCCUUUUACAACUGUCUUUUUCCCUUGGUGUGCAGUGUGAAGAACUGGUCUCCUUGCUACUGAACACAGUGGAACUCUCAGUGCCACUUUCAGGGGCAUCACAGAAAAAUUUCAUCAAAUUUUUCCAUGGUGAAUAUUUCUACAAUUUGUUUCCCGAAACCAUUAACACUGAAUUGCUCAGAAACCUUAACUCUUCAGUUGCCUUGUUAAUGAAAUCGGCAAGUGAAAACUCUAAAAUGGUGAGCACCGUUCUCAAUGGAAUGCUUGACCAGAGUUUCAAGGAUCACAUUGUACGAAAAAAGCAGGGUACUCUCCUGGUCAAUGCUGUACUUACCAACUGGUCAAAACUUGAGUCUUGGUGGUCAAAGGGAUCCAGCCCUGAGAGCAAGAUGGCUGUCUUGACACUCCUUUCCAAAGUGCUACAGAUUGAUUCCACAGUCUCUUUUGGCGACAGUCACGAAGCAUUUGAAUUGGUAUUCCAAACCUACACCACUAUAUUAACAGACUCAACGUUAGCUUUAAAUUUGAAGACCCAGGCAGUGAUUAUACUACCAUUUUUUACUCAACUUCCAGAGGAAAAUCUUAGGUUGCUUCGAAACGCCCUUGAUCAGUUUGUAGCUGACCAUUUUCCAAUGAAAUCAGAUGAAUUUCCAAAGGGUACAUUGAAGUAUAACAACUACAUCGACUGUGUCAAAAAACUUCUGGAUGCUUUGGAGUUAUCUCAGAGUCCAUUAUUGUUCAAACUCCUGACUGCGGUUCUGUGUCGUGACAGCAGACAUGUUAUGGAGGAAACAUUUCAGACCUGCUUUCAAAAUGUAGCAAAACGAGGUACUUGUGCAAAGCAGGUUGCCCUGCUAGAAGCUGCAUAUGAGAUGUUUGGAAAUGAAGAAAUGCUUCCCAAUCCAACAAGGCAUUUUGUUGUGGAUCGUUCUCUUCUUACCCUUAUUUCUCACUGCAGUUUGGAUGCUUUAACGGAGUUUUUCUGCAAAAUUGUGAAGGUUGCCAUGGGAAUUGCACAAUCUAGAUUCAUAAAGACGAAUGAGUCCUCUUUUGACAACCAGUUGACAAAGAAAAUUGGUUGUUACAAGCUGUUUGAAAUCAUGUAUGCACGCUUGUCAAAGAUUGAUGUCUAUUCAGAGGACUCAAAAAUAAUCCAAGCUUUCCAUUCGUCAGACACCAUGGAAGGCAAGAAGCUUACAAAGCUUUUACUAAAGUUCUGCCAUGAUGCAGUUACGGAAAACAUGGCUGGAGAAUCUCAGCUCUUGGAAAAGAGGAGACAGUACCAUUGUGCAGCUUAUAACUGCAUUAUUUCAAUCCUUUGCUGCAUUUUUACAGAGGCUAAAUUUUAUCAAGGAUUUCUUUUCAUUGAAAAACCAGAGAAGAAUAUCUUCAUCUUUGAAAAUUUGCUAGACAUUCAACGUACAUAUAAUUUUCCUGUGGAGAUUGAAGUACCAGUGGAGAAGAAAAAAAGAUAUUUUACAAUUCGCAAAGAAGCUCGAGAUGCAACGGAUGGAGAUUCAGAUGAACCCCACUAUUUGUCCUCCCAGUCAUACAUGGUCGACAGUAGUCUCAGUGAAGAAAUGAGUCAGUUUGACUUCUCUACUGGUGUUCAGAGCUUCUCCUACAACUCUCAAGAUCCCACGAUGCCUGCAGGUCGGACCAGGAGAAAGGACUGGACAGAAUCAGGUGAUGUACAGAGUAAUAUCGUGGAACUUGAGAUGGAUGAGAUGAACCAGCAUGAAUGUAUGGCGACCAUAACUGCUUUGAUCAAUCACAUGCAGAAAGCUAACAUCACACCUAAACCUGAAGAGAAUAAAGCCCCACAUGAGCUUCCAUGUUGGAUGAAAUUUCUACACGGAAAAUUGGGAAAUCCUGCAACAGCAUUAAAUGUCCGACUCUUCAUUGCAAAGCUCAUCGUCAAUUCAGAGGAGAUUUUCCAGCCAUAUGCACAGGAAUGGUUGGGGCCUAUGCUUCAGUUAGUGGUUUCUGGUAAUAAUGGAGGUGAUGGCAUUCACUAUAUGGUGGUAGAAAUCGUGGUUACUAUUCUGUCUUGGACAAGUGUGGCUACCCCAAAGGGAAAUCGGAAGAAUGAGAUUCUAGCAAAUCGCUUGCUGGAUUUUCUGAUGAAGAAUUGCUUUCAUGAGAAGAGGGCAGUGUUCAGGCACAAUCUGGAAAUCAUUAAGACAGUGGUGGAAUGCUGGAAGGAUUGUCUGACUAUUCCUUACAGUUUGAUCUUUGAUCGAUUUGCAGGAAGGGACCCGAAUUCCAAAGACAACUCUGUCGGCAUCCAGUUGCUUGGCAUUGUUCUUGCCAAUAAUUUCCCCCCACACGAUCCAAAAUGUGAAAUUGACAGUGACAGAUAUUUCCGGAGACUGGUAGAGAACCUUUCCUUCACAAGAUACAAAGAGGUGUAUGCAGCAGCUGCUGAAGUCCUUGGCCUUGUCCUCCAGUACUUAGCGGACAAAAAAAUUGAUAUUCCCAUUCACGAUACAAUUGUUAAGGAAUUACAGCAACUUCAUUGCACAAAAGAGGACAAGUUUAUUGUGUGUUUGAGUAAGAUUGCCAAGCAUUUCCCUCCAUUUGCUGACAGGUUUCUGAAUGCAGUAUUUUUCCUAUUACCAAAGUUGUAUGGUGUACUAAAAACCCACUGCCUGGAAGUGAUAAUGUAUCGGGCAGAGGAAAUACCUGAUGUUUACCUGCAGUUAAAGAGCAAAGAUUUUGCACAGAUCCUGGCACAUCGUGAUGAAGAACGGCAGAAAGUUUCUUUGGAUAUUUUGUACAAGAUUUUGGCCAAACUGAAACCGGUGGAACUGAAAGAACUGCUGAGCUCAGUGACAGCAUUCAUUUCCCACCCAUCUCCCAUUUGCCGAGAGAGGAUGUACGAUGCUCUGAUGUGGAUACAUGACAAUUACAGAGAUCAAGAGAGUGUGUCUGAUCCUGACUCAAAAGACAUAUCUGAGGCUGUAACCGAUGCAUUACUUCAGGGAUUGACUGAUGAAAAUCCUGCUCUACAGUUAUAUUUAAGAAACUUCUGGAGUCAUGAAAGUAGACUUCCAGCAGCCACCUUUGAAAGAAUGAUGGCCAUUCUUAAAUCUUUGUAUUGCAACAAAAUAGAGACCGAUUUCCUCAGUAUCGCCACCAAUGUUCUUCUUGAAAUGACAAGCCGCAGCCCUGACUACUCCCGGGAUAUGUUUGAGUAUCCACUUUCUGAAUGCAAGUUUCAGGAUUAUAGCAUCGAUUCAAGUUGGUACCAACGUAGCAGAAUUCUUACGCCACUGUUUGUGGAAACUCAAGCUACACACAGCAGUGUUAGAAGCCUAAAGCAAGAGGCAUCUCUUACAGGUCAAAGGUCAAUAGGUGGUCAAAUUAGAGCUACCCAAACCCAUUAUGAAUUUACACCAACUCAGAAUCCUGGUGCACGGAAUUUUAAUUGGUUAACAGGAAGCAGUUUGGACACAUUUGCAGAAUAUUCCUUACCAUCUUCUGACUCAUUGUCUUCCUCGUUAUUUGUGUAUUCGAAGUGGAGUGAAAGGCCACAGAGAACAGCCUUAAAACCCGUUGGUCCAGAUUUUGGCAAAAAAAGACUUGCUCUUCCCGGGGAGGAGGUCAGCGAUAAAACAAAAGUUGCUGAUCAGAGAGCAGACAUCCUACGCCUGAGAAGACGAUUCCUCAAAGAUCGAGAAAAAGAGACUCUAUUCUUUGCCAGAAGGACCAUUCAGGAAAAGUAUCGUGCAAAGGAAAUGAAAACUGCCCAGGAGAUGAAACGUGAUGCAGCUGUCACUCUUUACAGAUGCUAUCGAGUUGGAGAUCUGCCAGACAUUCAGAUCAAAUUCAGCAGUUUAAUAGCUCCAUUGCAGGCUGUCGCUCAGAAAGACCACUCACUUGCUAGACAACUCUUCAGCGCCCUAUUUUCUGGAAUUCUGGAAGAAGUGAAGAAAUCAAAGACAACUGAUGAAAUGAAGAACGUUGGCAAAGAGCUCAUGGAACAUUUUAGCCACAUGCUGAGCAGCACAACAUUGUGUUUUCCACCAUUCGUGACCUGCAUUCAGGACAUGAGUUAUCAACACCAAGAUCUGCUGAAUCUUAAUCCUGCUAUCAUCAGCGCAACCUCCUUGGCCAGUUUACAACAACCAAUGGGAAUUAUGCUUAUGGAACUGAAUUUGAUCCACCACACUCCGCAGGAAGAACCGCCAGCAAAGCGGGCACGAGGCACAUGCCAGCAAUCUCCUGACACCACCCGAUGGGUGGAGCUCGCAAAAUUGUACCGAUCGAUAGGAGAUUAUGAUGUCCUGCGUGGAAUCUUUAGUGAAAAAAUUGGCACAAAGCCCAUCACACAAAAAGCUCUUCUGGCAGAAGCUAAAAAUAAUUACAUAGAGGCUGUACAGUUAUACGACCAGGCCUUGAAAACAGAACAAUGGGACGAUGGAGACCCAACAGAAGCAGAGAAAGACUUCUGGGACAUUGCAAGUCUGGAGUGUUACAACCAAUUGACAGAAUGGAAAUCACUGGAAUAUUGUUCCCUUAUUAACAUCAGUGAAACAACUGAAGAUUUAGAGGGGAUGUGGUUGAAUCCUUUCUUUCAGGAGACCUACUUGCCAUACAUGAUGCGUAGUAAAGUAAAGUUGUUACAGUUGGGUAAAGCUGACCAAUCGCUGCUGACAUUUAUUGACAAUGCAAUGAAGGUGGACGAGAGGAAGGCUGUUAUUGAGAGUCACUAUAGCCAGGACCUGAGCCUCCUAUAUAUCCUGCAGGAUGACUUUAGCCGGGCCAAAUACUAUAUCAAUAAUAGUAUGGCAAUGUUCAUGCAGAAUUACUCCAGUAUUGAUGCUUUGCUGCAUAAGAGCCGACUUACCAAGUUGCAGUCUCUUCAAACCCUGACGGAGAUCCAGGAUUUUCUGGACUUCAUCACCAAUAAACAUAAUUUAACCUCUGAAAAACCUCUCCGAAAGUUGAUAAGAACUUGGACUGGACGUUACCCAGAAUCAAAGAUGGAUCCCAUGAGUAUCUGGGAUGACAUAAUCACAAACCGCUGUUUUUUCCUUGACAAGAUUAAGGAGCGGUUGUCAUUUGUUCAAGCCGAUGACAGUAUGGAGGUAGAUGAAGAAGCUGAUGUUAAGAUUGAAGUGGACGGAGAAGAAGAUGUCAACAUGAUCAUUAGAGACUGUAAAUUUAACAUGAAGUUAAAAAUGGUAGAAAGUGCAAGCAAACAGAACAACUUUUCAGUGUCGACAAAACUGCUCAAAGAACUUCUCAGGGAGUCCAAGGCCAGGGAUGACUGGAGAGUGAAGUGGAUACACACUUACAGCCGAUUCAGACACAGGCAUAGCCGGAAUCUGGAGAGACCUGAGCAGAUUAAAACAGUGAUCAAGAAUAUCCCUUUGCUGGUUGAAACUAAGAUGGAAUAUCUAAAUACCCACCGGGAUGCCCUCAGAGAACAGAACACCUUGCUUGGCACAACCUAUCACAUUAUUGCCAGUGCUCUAGCUAAAGACCCAUUGAGUCUUCAGCACCUUGAGGAGGAUCAUGCGAAUGAAGUAAUAAAACUUUCUGAAGUCACUGAAACUAAUGUAAAACAGGUUAUAAUUGGAUUAUACAGAAAGGCUUAUAAAUUUCUCCAAAGUUCCGCUAAAAAGACUGAAGAGGAGGUGCAGUCUCUUCCUGAAGAACAUGUUGAGACAGCGGGAGUGAUUGAAGCCUACAUGAAUUUGGCAACUUUCUGUGACAAGCGCCUGCGUGAGGAAGAAGAAAGUGACAACAUUAUGAAUUUCCCUGAGCUGCAGACGUUCCCAGCGUGUGUGGUGGAGAAUAUGUUAAAAGCAAUGAGAUAUAACUCACAGGAAGCAAGACUGAGAUUCCCGAGAUUGUUACAGAUUGUGGAGUUAUAUCCAAUCGAGACACAGGACCUUAUGGCGAGAGAGGUGUCUACCAUUCCAUGUUGGCAGUUCAUUGGCUGGAUUAGUCAGAUGAUGGCUGUACUAGACAAAAGAGAAGCUAAUGUGGUGCAGCACAUCAUUGAGAAGAUUGCAGAUUCCUAUCCACAGGCUGUUAUCUACCCAUUCAUGAUCAGCAGUGAGAGCUUCACAUUUGAACUAUCUGCAAAUGGCAAUAGGAACAGAGAAUUUGUUGAGAGGUUGAAGGCUAAACUGGAUAAAGGUGGAGUAAUUGAAAAGUUCAUCCUUUCCUUGGAACAGCUGAGUAAUCCAGACUUAUUGUUUACGGACUGGAUCAGCAAAUUCAGUGAUCUACUGGGAAGUAAAGUGAAAAAUAAGGAAUUCCUGAAAAACAAGUAUAAUGAGAUGUACUCAAAUUUGGGAUCUUUGCAAGCUCCGUGUAUUGGAAAAUUUAGAAAAUGUUAUGUUCAGAUUUUCAGCAAAGCUUUUGAUCAGCAUUUUGGAAAAGAUGGCUCAAAACUGUUGAUGAUGGAUUUAAAUACAUUUGAUGGAAUAACAAAAGAAAUCUUGCAAAGUGUGAGCAAUUGUAUGAAGGCACCUGGGAACCUGAAGGAGUAUUCACCGUGGAUGAGUGAAUUCAAGCUUGAAUAUCUAAGGAAUGAACUGGAAAUCCCUGGACAAUAUGAUGGUAAAUCGAAACCACUGCCAGAAUACCAUGCACAAAUCGCAGGAUUUGAUGAAAGGAUAAAAGUUAUGAAUUCUAUAAGGAAGCCAAAGCGUCUAAUAAUUCGUGGAAAUGAUGAAAAAGAACAUCCUUUCCUUGUGAAGGGCGGAGAAGAUUUACGACAAGAUCAGCGAAUCGAGCAACUAUUUGACAUCAUGAACAUUAUCCUUUCUCGAGAUGCUGCUUGCAGUCAAAGAAACCUGCAGCUGAAGACAUACCAAGUCAUUCCAAUGACGUCCAGACUUGGUUUGAUAGAAUGGCUGGACAAUACUCGUGUGUUCAAGGACUUCCUAUUGAGCAACAUGACUGAGGAUGAACAAAAAAGGAAACCAGAUCCCAGCAAAAUGUAUGAAGAAUGGCUAUUGAAGAUGUCGGGGUCAGAAAUAGAUUUACUUGAUCCUUCGAUAAAGUAUCUACUUAUGAACAUGAAAGCCAGUCGGACUGAAACAAUCCAAGCUUUCCACCAGCGUGAACGGGCUGUACCACAAAAUCUGUUGAGGAGAGCAUUCACGAGAAUGAGCACCACUCCAGAAGCGUUCCUAGCUCUCCGCUCUCACUUUGCCAGUACUCACGCAUUGAUGUGUGUCAGCCACUGGAUUCUGGGGAUUGGUGAUCGACAUCUCUCCAAUUUCAUGAUCAACCUGGAAACCGGGGGCAUGGUGGGAAUUGAUUUUGGUCAUGCAUUUGGAUCUGCUACGCAGUUUCUGUCAAUACCCGAGCUGAUGCCAUUCCGUCUGACACCUCAGAUCUUGAACCUCAUGCUCCCAAUGAAAGAAUCAGGCCUUAUAUAUAUAACAAUGGUACACGGAUUGCGAGUUUUCCGCCUGGAUCCCGAUCUUCUCCUCAGUACUAUGGAUGUCUUUGUAAAAGAACCAUCGUUAGACUGGAAGAACCUUCAGCAGAAACAACUGCAAAAAAAUGGGACAUGGAUUAAGGACAUUAACACAAAUGAAAUUAACUGGUAUCCAGUGCAGAAGGUGAAUUGUGCUAAACGGAAACUUGAAGGAGCUAAUCCAUCUUCAAUCACCAGAGAGGAGUUGGGACUGGGACAUGAAACAUCCAUGGCGUAUAAGAGUUUUAUAGCCAUCGCAAAGGGAGAUGAGAAAUAUAAUGUCCGUGCCAGAGAAUCAGAUGAAGGUCUUUCUGUAGAGCGACAGGUGGAAUGCCUGAUUGAUCAAGCCACAGAUCCAAAUAUCUUGGGUAGAGUGUGGAUUGGUUGGGCAGCUUGGAUGUGAGAUUUAGCAAUAUAUACUGAUGCAAACUAGGAAGGUGGCUUGGUGCUAAUGGGUUCAGCUGUCCUAAUUUAAAAAAAUACUAGUCAUUUGCUCAUUUUAAAGCAAAAAAAGCAAAUUGCAAGAGAUAUUUGGUUGGUUGCCUAUAAUUAUCCAGAUUUUUCAUGGUCAUAACUUUGUCUCCAGCAGUAACAGCCAACUGUUUCUCAUCAGAAAACAAAGGGCUGAACUUGGUGGUGACUCACCUUAAGAGUAGCCUUAUUUGCUCUUGUCAGCUGAAUUGAUCAGAAACGUCCUCACACAUUAAGUAUUUUGUGAGGGAGUGGUGGAGGAAAUACUAUGGGGAAAAACGGUUUAAUAUUGUUAAACAGAAAUGUUAUAAUUGUGUUGCUGGCGGUUGGGUGGAGGAGGGGUUUCAGACUUGAUCUUUAAAGCUGUACUAAUAAUUGGAAAUAAUACAAUGGCAUGAUUCUCUGAGCUUGGAUAUUAAAAAGAUUGUUGAAUCAAUCUAGAAAUAUAUAAGUUGCUGGAAGUGGCAAUUUGUGCCAAAUAAUAUUUCUUAUAUUAAUAAAGAUUUUAAAAAUUGUAAUUCAA